AUGAAGAUAAUUUUAAGUUUAAUAGUAUUUUUUGCAACAAUUUCGUUAGUUGCAAAUGCAAGUGAAUCAUAUUGGGCAAUUAGAACUGAUUUAAGAAAAUGUGCAUAUCCUAUGUGCGGUGGUUAUUUCGUUCGUGAAGUUGGUUCAAAUAAAUCAGAAGUUUAUGUUAAGUCAUUAAAUCAAACAGUGAAGGGUGGAGGAUCAACAGUUGAUGAAUCACUAUAUAAAUUUGCACCAUCAUAUACGGUAGUUGUAAAAGGUGAUAUUAAAAAAGAUGAGAUUAUAGUAUCAAAAAUCUUUAGACUAUUACCAAAGCCAGAUAAACCAUUCAAUUUCGAUUCUGAAUUGAAUAAUUUCUAUAUUGUAGAUUCAAAAGAAACCAAUUCAAAUAUUGAAAUUAAGAAAUUAAAUAGUAACAAAUCAGAGAAACUAAACUCAAUUGAAAAUAGUUACUCACAAGAUGUAUCGUUUGUUCCAAUGGAUUGGUUGGAAUAUAAGGUUACCACUGGUGAAUCUGUGUUCACAGUUAGUGGAAGAAUAGAUUCAAAUAAAACCGUCUCCAUAGAUUAUAUGUUUAUUAGUUUACCUGAUCCAAAAUUAUGUCCAAAGGAAUUAAUUGCUGUUAGAUGUGCCAAUGGUACAAUUCCAACCUAUACUAUCGCUGCAACUCGUUGUUUAUCAUUCAGUGGUUGUGUACAUAGAGGAAUUUGUCCAUUGGUUGUUCCAGGUUGUUCUGGUGGAUACACUUUAAAAUCAUAUGCGUCAAAACCAAAUGGUUGUCCACGUUAUUAUUGCAUCCCAUCAUUUUUAUCUUAA